UCACUUCUUCUUCUUUCUCCCUUGUUCAAUACGCUUAAUUAGAGACUUUUUAAUCCUCCAAUAUGGCUUCAAAUUACAUCUCUGCCACUGUUUCUUCAAUCCUAUUGUUUCUACUGUGUUCCUCUUCUCUCUUCUCAGCUUCCAUGGCUGCUCUGGUUCAGGAACAACCUCUUGUUCUCAAAUACCACAACGGUGCUCUUCUUAAAGGAACCGUGACCGUUAAUCUCAUUUGGUACGGUAAGUUUACGCCUAUCCAACGGUCUAUAGUCGUUGAUUUCCUUCAAUCGCUGAACUCCCCAAAAGCCCCAAAUCCAUCAGCUGCUUCCUGGUGGAAAACAACUGAGAAAUACAAAACGGGCGCCUCCACUCUCAUCGUAGGAAAACAAAUCCUCGACGAAAAUUGUUCUUUAGGAAAAUCUCUGAAAAAUUCGCAUAUUGUGUAUUUAGCUUCGAAGGGUGGGCAUAUGGGUAGGUCGGUGAACUUGGUGUUGACGGCAAAGGACGUAUUUGUGGAAGGAUUUUGUAUGAGCAGAUGUGGGUCCCAUGGUUCAACUCGGGGCAAAAUCCGUUUCGCUUACGCUUGGGUUGGUAACUCGGAAACUCAGUGUGCGGGUCAGUGUGCCUGGCCGUUUCAUCAGCCCAUCUACGGCCCACAAACGCCUCCUCUGGUGGCGCCCAACGGCGAUGUUGGCGUCGACGGGAUGAUCAUCAACGUCGCUACGGUUUUAGCGGGAACCGUGACGAAUCCGUUUAACAAUGGGUACUUUCAGGGUCCAGCGACGGCGCCGUUGGAGGCUGUUUCGGCUUGUACUGGUAUGUUUGGGUCGGGUUCGUACCCGGGUUAUCCGGGUCAAGUACUGAUUGAUAAGAGCACGGGUUCUAGCUAUAAUGCGCAUGGGGUGAAUGGGCGUAGGUUCUUACUCCCUGCUAUGUGGGACCCUACUAAAUCUGCAUGUUCGACACUCGUUUGAGAAGGAACAAAUAAGAGGGAGAUAAGAAGAAGAGAUGGCUGGGAUUGGGUGUGGAAGAGUCCUACGUAUAUACAAUGUACUGCGGGAUUUGGAGGAAUGGGAGUGUGGGUGUGGGAGUAGUUGGUUGUCGUUUUGUAUGACUGUAUAUUCCUUUGCUUUAUAAAAAAAUGUGUAAAAUGCAAUGCCUAUAGGACUAUAAUAAAAUAAUAUAAUCUAUAAUAAUAUUAGUGUUUGUAUAAAAUAUGAUUAAAAAAAGGCUCUUCUUUCUUUUA